CGGCCAACCAACCAACCAGCCACUCACCAACAAAAAGGACCUCGCCAAUUGCUCCAUCUCAGCGAACAAGGAAACAAUGGCGGCGGUCGAUUACCUCCUCCAGGAGACCUCAGUAGGCUACGGCCUUUACCAGGUCGUUCAGCAGCCAGACACAAUCGGCAACCGUCUCAAGGAAGUUCAAGAAGCCACCCAGGACCUCUCAAGAUUCGGAAAAAUGAUCAAGCUAGUUUCUUUUGCGCCUUUCCAAGGCGCGGCUCAAGCCCUUGAAAAUGCGAACGAUAUUUCCGAGGGUAUUGCAAACGAUCAUUUGAAGGCGCUGCUGGAACUCAACCUUCCCAAGGGCAGGAAGAAGAAGAAGGCCGUUCUCGGUAUCUCCGAUAAGAACCUUGCCGGCUCCAUCAAGGCCACUUUCCCUGGCGUCGAUUGCGAGACGAAUGAAGUUGUGCAAGACCUACUGCGUGGGCUGAGGUUGUGGGGCCCGAAGUUGCUGAAGCAGUUGCAGGAUGGGGAUAUGGAUCGUGCACAGUUGGGUCUUGGUCACGCUUACUCGAGAGCGAAGGUUAAGUUCUCGGUUCAGAAGAAUGAUAAUCAUAUCAUUCAGUCGAUUGCGCUGUUGGAUACCUUGGAUAAGGAUAUUAAUACUUUCGCUAUGCGUGUCAGGGAAUGGUACUCGUGGCAUUUCCCGGAACUUGUCAAAAUUGUUAACGAAAACUACCUUUACGCCCGCUUGAUUCUCUUCAUACGUGACAAGAAAACACUCUCCAACGACCGCCUUCACGAACUUGUCGCUAUUACCAACGACGAUGCUGAGAUCGCUCAGUCUAUUAUCGAUGCUGCUAAAGUUUCUAUGGGUCAGGAUAUCUCGGACAUGGAUAUAGAUAACAUUUGCAACUUCGCCGAGAAGAUCGUUGGUGCCAGGCUUAUCUCGCACGCUGGAAGUUUAACCAAUCUUUCUAAAUAUCCCGCCUCCACUGUGCAAAUUUUGGGCGCUGAGAAGGCACUGUUCAGAGCACUCAAGACUAAGGGAAACACCCCCAAAUACGGUCUCAUCUACCACUCCUCCUUCAUCGGCAGGGCCGGAGCCAAGAACAAGGGAAGGAUUUCCAGAUUCUUGGCAAACAAGUGCUCUAUUGCUAGCAGAAUCGACUCCUUCUCUGAUUCGCCUACUACCAAGUUUGGCGAGGCCUUGAGGAAACAGGUGGAGGAGAGACUGGACUUUUACGCGAAUGGAACUGCACCUCAAAAGAACCAGGAUGCGAUGAAAGAUGCCAUGGACGCCGUUCUCGCAGACAUCGCAGUUGACGCCGACGAAGAUGACGGGCAGGUCGACCUAGAAAUGGCAGACAUUGUCAAACCCAAGAAGUCCAAGGACAAGAAGAAGGAGAAAUCCAAGGAGAAUAGAGAAGAAAAGUCCGACAAAAGGCAGGGGAAGGAGCAGAAGGAGCAGAAGGAUAAGAAGGGUAAGAAGGGUAAAAGGGAUAAAAAGGAUAAAAAGGAUAAAAAGGAUAUAGAAAGUAAGAAGAGACGGCGGGACGAGGAGGAAGAUCAGGAUGUAUCGGAGAGAAAGAAGUCCAAGAAGGAGAAAAGGGAGAAGAAGGAGAAAAAGAGUAAGGCUUAAAAAUUAAUACAUUAAAUCAAUACUUAUUCACUCUUGUCACGGGCGUCACAUUUCUUUGAGUUUUCUUUUCUUUUGGUGUAUUUAUAUGUUUCUUUCUCAUCAGUAGUUUCAACAAAUGGGGUUUCUGUUUG